AUGAUGAAGGGUUAUGUAAAUAAUAUUCCACUGUGUCACGAUAAAUUUGUAAAGUAUGAUUCGAUAGUGAGAAAAUCACCAAUUUUAACUAGAAUAUAUGAAAUUUUAUUUGAAAAUUCAUCAGAGGCAAUUAUUUUUAAAAUGAUUGAGAAAUAUCAAAAUAAGGAAAAAAUUAAUGAUGAUAAAAAUGUAAUAAAAGAAAGUAAUACAGAAAUUAAACAGGUAGAAUUAAAUGAUAAUGAAAAAAUUGGUAAAAAUCAAAAUAUAAUUGAAGAAUCAAUAAUAGAAGAUAAUAAGAAUCAAAAUGUAAUUGAAGAAUCAAAAAUAGAAAGUAAUUCAGAAAUUAAACAAGUAGAAUUAAAUGAUAAUGAAAAAAUUAGUAAGAAUCAAAACAUAAUUGAAGAACUAAAAAUAGAAAAUAGUAAGAAUCAAAAUAUAAUCGAAGAAUCAAUAAUAGAAAAUAAUAAGAAUGAAAAUGUAAUAAAAGAAUCAAGAAUAGAAAGUAUAAUUAAAGAAUCAAAAAUAGAAAGUAAUUCAGAAAUUAAACAGGUAGAAUUAAAUAAUAAAGAAAAAGUUAGUAAGAAUCAAAAUAUAAUUGAAGAAUUAAGAAUAGAAAAUAAUAAGAAUAAAAGUAUAAUUAAAGAAUCAAAAAUAGAAAGUAAUUCAGAAAUUAAACAAGAAGAAUUAAAUGAUAAAGAAGUUAUAAAUAAGUUUAUUGAUAAAAAUUUAGAUAUUGAUGGUAAGAUAGCAUAUAAUAAGAAUUUAGAAGAAAAAAAGACUAAUUUUGAUCUAGAUACAGAAAUUUUGAAAGGAAAAAAUAAAACUAAACAAAAUGAAUAUAAUAAGAAAGAAGAAAAAACAAAUAAUAAUUUGAAUUUAAAUAGUACUUUUAAUAAAGCAAGAAACGUGUUUCUACAAAAUUAUCCGAAAAUAAAAGAAAAGAAUGUUUAUAAAGAUUUAAAUAUUAAAAAUUUAAGUGAGAAGAAAGUUGUUUUUGAUUCAAACAUUAACAAUGAUUAUGUUUUAAUAAAACAUCAAUCUAUAAAGAAUGAUUCAAUUAGUGAUAAAAAGGAAACUGUUAAUGAAACAAAACUAGAGAAAAUUGAAAACAAAGUUACAUUGGAAUCUAAACCUACAGAAAAAAUUAUUAGUACAAAGUUUGAUUAUGAUCAACAUAAUAAUCAUAAAGAAGUAAUUGAUGAAGAAAUAAAAACUGAAAAAGAUAUUAAUGAACAGUGUUUAGAAAUAUACAAGGAUAAAAAAGUUGAACCUGAAUUAAAUCAAGAAGAUACAAAAGGAAAGAUAAAAAGUAUAUUAAAACAAAGUAAUUCAGAGUAUUUUGAUAUAAAUAAUAAUGUGUAUUUGGUAGGUUUUAAACAGACGUAUGAUGAUGAAAGAGAUGAUUUAGACAGAAUAGAAAAUUCAGAGAUAUCAAAUAUAUCAGAUAGAACAGAGGAAGAAAAAUUUGAAAAUAUUGAUUAUAUUGAAGAAAACAAGAUUGUAUGUAAUAAAAAAGAAAAAGCUAAAAAAGAAGUAAGUUUUAGUCCAAAUGUAGAAGUAAGAAUUUUUAAAGCUGGGAACAAGCUUAAACCAUGGGCUUAUCGAUUUGAUGAUGAGGAUGAAGAUGAUGAAGAGGAGGAAAUUGUUGAAGAUGAAAUUAUAGGAGAUGCUGUCUCUGGAUAUACAAAUAGUAAUAACCCUAACAACAGGGGUAGUUCAUUUAAUUAG